AUGAGGCCAUCUCUCUCCUUGCUCCUCCCACUUCUCCUCAUCUUGGCCUCAGUGACCAAAGGUCAGCCCACAAGAAAACCAAAACCCAGGCCCAGGGGCAGGCCCAGGGCCCGGCCCACACCCAGCUUUCCUCAGCCCCAUGAGCCAUCGGAGCCUACAGACCUGCCUCCUCCCCUCCCGCCGGGCCCUCCGUCUGCCUUUCAUGACUGCCCCCGGGAGUGCUACUGCCCCCACGACUUCCCGUCGGCCCUCUACUGCGACAGCCGCAACCUCAGGAAGGUGCCCGUCAUCCCGCCCCGCAUCCAUUACCUCUAUCUCCAGAACAACUUCAUAACCGAGCUGCCGGUGGAGUCCUUCAAGAACGCCUCGGACCUGCGGUGGGUCAACCUGGACAACAACCGCAUCCGCAAGGUGGACCAGAAGGUGCUGGAGAAGCUCCCCAGCCUGGCGUACCUCUACAUGGAGAAGAACCAGCUGGAGGAGGUGCCCUCCGCCCUGCCCCGGAACCUGGAGCAGCUGCGGCUGAGCCAGAACCAGAUCUCCAGGAUCCCGCCGGGCGCCUUCAGCAAGCUGGAGAACCUGGUGCUCCUGGACCUCCAGCACAACAAGCUCAACGACCACGUCCUCAAGCCCGACACCUUCCAGGGCCUCAAGAGCCUCAUGCAGCUCAACCUGGCCCACAACAUCCUGAGGAAGAUGCCCCCCAAGGUGCCCAAAGCCCUCCACCAGCUCUACCUGGACAGCAACCAGAUCACCACCAUCCCCAAUGGCUACUUCAAGGCGUUCCCCAACCUCGCCUUCAUCCGCCUGAACUACAACAAGCUGUCCGAUCGGGGGCUCCCCAAGAACUCCUUCAACAUCUCCAACCUGCUGGUGCUGCACCUGUCCCACAACAAGAUCAGCAACGUGCCCGCCAUCAACAACAAGCUGGAGCACCUGUACCUCAACAACAACAACAUCGAGAAGAUCAACGGGACCCAGAUUUGCCCUCACAACCUGGUCACCUUCCAGGACUUCUCGGAUCUGGAGAACGUGCCUCACCUCCGCUACCUGAGGCUGGACGGCAACUACCUGAAGCCGCCUAUCCCGCUGGACCUCAUGAUGUGCUUCCGUCUGCUGCAGUCCGUGGUCAUCUAG